UAGAUGGUUAUUAUAACUUUUAGAUAAACUUUACUGUUUUUAUAUUAUUUAUCAUGUUUAAUUUUGUUAUAUCAUUUGUUUAAUCAUUAUAUAUAUAUCGUAAAUGAAUGUGUUUAAUCUAAUAAAAUAUUAAAUAUCAUAUUGUUUUCUAAAUGGUUUUUUGAUAUCUUGCGUAUAACAAACAGAACAAAAUGAACAAAUAUGAAUGACUAUAUCCGAAUGGGAGACUAAUUUCUGUCAAAAUUAAAACAAUAAGUUCAGUUUUGAAAUAUAAAACAAGGUAUAAUCAAGUAAUGAUUAAGUUUGAAAUUUAAGAAGAUUGUUGAUUGCUUAUUAUUACUUCUUUGAUGAACACAAGUAUUAAUUAUGCUUUUGUCAAGAAAUUGUAAUGGAAAUACAAUUCAAGAUCACUAUAAAAACACAACACCCAAGCUGAGUUCAAGCGGAGUGCAAACAUACAUUUGGUAGUGAAAUUCUUGUAAAAAUACAAGCUGUUUGAGCAGUCUUUUUGAUGUACCGACCUUGCUUUAUAAAAGUAACCAGAAAUGUCGGUGGCACCCAUUUGGAAAAUUGCUGUUCAUCAUGUCGUACCCUUGUGUGCUAUGUGACCAGCAAGUCCGACCAAGACAACAUGCUCUCCAAUGUGAGGAUUGUGAUAAAUGGCAACACAGGCUUUGCAAUACAGGUAUUUACAAAUUUAAUAUUAAUUUAGUUUUUCCUUUGAAUCAUAUUUCGUACUUUCGGUCAUAUUUUAGAUACAUUUUUUUUUUUACUUUAAUUUUGGUUAAGACGCUUUCCUGAUAAGAAUUAAAUCUAUAUUUAAGUGUUAUUUGCAUUACACAUUUGUCCAAUAAAUGGACCAUAGGUAUCAAUUAAUAGAUAUAAAAAGAAGAUGUGGUAUGAUUGCGGUAUGAUUCCCAAUGAGACAACUCUCCAUCAGAGACCAAAUGAUACAGAAAUUAACAACUAUAGGUCACCUUACUACGGCCUUAAACAUUAUUAUCAGUGUAUUAAUAUUACUUGACUGUAAAGAAAUAUAUGUCAUAUUUUAAUUUCUUGUUAUUUCAGGUAUAUCAAUUACUGAUUACCGCCUGAUGGUAAAUGAAGAAGUCGACAUUAUUUUCCACUGUGCAGAAUGUGUCCGCAUACCACAAGAUAUGGAGGUUGAGGCAGUAUUAGAAGCACCACCAUCACCAGCACCAGCAUCACCCCCACCAGCAACAGCAUCACCCCCACCAGCACCAGCUUCUCCACAACCAGCACCACCAUCACCCCCACCAGCAUCCCCACAACCACUUGACGAUACGCUACCAGACCAUUCAUUUGAUAUCACACUUGAAGUAGCAGAAGAAAAUCCAGUUGUUGAGAGUGAUAUUGAAGAUCCAGAGCUUUCAGACUCAUUUGUAGAAGACAGACCAGUAACCUUCGAGGUAGUGGAGAACGGUACGAUGAAAAGAGCCAAGAAGCUAGUCAGCAGUGACGGGUUUUCGUAUACAGUUAAGGUAUAAUUAUAAUAGAUCUAUCAU